GUCAAAAUAAAAAUAUAAAAUGUCAACAUUUCUAAAAAUUUAAAAACAAAACAUACUAUAUAUAGAAUUUAUUUUUCAAAUCAAAAAAAGGAAAUAAUCAGAAAUCCUUAUCGGCCUUAUCUAGACGAUAAUAUUAUUUAAAUUCGCAGAAGUUUUGGGGAUUUACAUAAGUUCCAUAUCGAGCUUCUUCUUUGCAAUCCACUAUCCAAAUUGCACUACACACAUUUAGUAUCUCCUAUUUAAAUUAAUAUUUUUUGUUUAAAAAAUUUAUUAUAGCAGGUACUAUUUUUUCCAUUAUAAUAUAAAGUUUAACUACUACAUUACUUGUCAUUUUAAUUUAAAAAAAAAAAUCAGAUAAGCCAAAACAUAUUUUUUAUUCACUUAAGCACUGAAAAUCAUAAGAUAAGAAAAAGUGGAAUUAAUAAUUAUCUGGUAUUAAUGCCACAAUACUUCUCCCUAAAAAAUAGCAUUCAAUAAAAUGAAAUUAAAAAGGGCAGUUGUCAUAUUUGGAACCCUUACAACAUUAGUAAUAUUUUUUACAAUUUAUUCUGCCAAAGAUCUUACUCUUUCCAUAAAAAAGUCAUCUAGCAUCAACCAAGAGUACAAAGAUAACCAAUGGCUGCAUUUUGAGGAUAGAAUAAAGCAACUAGAAGAUGACUUAAGUAAGCACCAUAAUGCUGUUGCUGAAAUCAAAGUUGCAAUGCAAAACAUGUUAAGCUCUAGUACAAAUGGAAUACAAAAACGAACUAUAGUUGUUCAACCAGAUGAUCCUCCACUGUUUGAGGUAUCUGAUAUGAUAUUCAAUCCAACUUGUCCCUUUCAAAUAUCAUACAAACCAAAAACAGAUAUACAAAUGUUAGACAAGUAUAAAAUUCUUACAUUUGACAAUCCAGACGGAGGAGCAUGGAAACAAGGGUGGAGAAUUGAGGUGGACGAAAAAGAUUGGAACAAACAAAACAAAUUAAAAGUCUUUGUGGUGCCCCAUUCACAUAAUGACCCUGGUUGGAUAAGGACUUUGGAUGAAUAUUAUACCACUCAAACAAAGCAUAUUCUGAAUAACAUGUUACAAAAGUUACCAGAAGAUCCAAGAAGAAAGUUUAUAUGGGCAGAGAUUUCUUUCUUUUCUAUGUGGUGGGAUGAGCUGGAAGAAGAUAAUAGGGAGAUUGUUAGGCGUCUUAUCAAAAACAACCAGCUUGAAAUUGUAACUGGAGGCUGGGUAAUGAACGAUGAAGCGAAUUCUCACUACAUCUCAAUAAUCCAUCAACUCUCUGAGGGUCAUGAGUGGCUUAAAAAACAUCUAAAUUACACUCCAGUUAGCCAUUGGUCCAUUGAUCCUUUUGGCAUGGGCCUAACUCAGCCCCACAUUUUAAAAGCUAGCGGAUUUCAAAAUAUGUUGAUACAAAGGGUUCACUAUUCUGUCAAGAAAGACCUGGCAAGGAACCAACAGCUGGAGUUUAGAUGGAGACAACUUUGGGAUGAUACUGGUGAUACAGAAAUAUUCUGUCACAUGAUGCCUUUCUAUGGUUAUGAUGUACCACACACUUGUGGUCCAGAUCCAAAAAUAUGUUGCCAGUUUGACUUUAAGAGGCUGCCUAAUCACGGGUUGCAUUGUCCUUGGAGGGUACCUCCUCAAAAAAUUACUGACCAAAAUGUGGCAGAAAGAGCGGAAUUGUUAUUGGAUCAGUACCGAAAAAAAUCUAAAUUAUUUAAAACAAAUGUUGUGAUAGCACCACUUGGGGAUGAUUUUAGAUAUGAUCAUAUAACCGAGUGGGAUGUGCAGUAUGAGAAUUACCAAAAACUAUUUGAUUACAUGAACAAAAACUUGAACCUACACGUUCAGGCCCAGUUUGGCACUCUUUCUGACUAUUUUAAAGCGGUAAAAAAAGAGAAGGAAAUAUCUGAAUUUCCGACUUUAUCUGGUGAUUUCUUUACUUAUUCAGACCGGGAUGAUCAUUAUUGGAGCGGAUAUUACACUUCUAGGCCUUUUUAUAAAAGAAUGGACCGGGUACUACUCAGUUAUAUAAGAGCUGCUGAAACUCUUCAUGCAUUAACUUACCACAGCGACAAACGUGGAGCAAACUGGAUAACUGACAAAACCAAUGGGUUGGAACACCUAUUGGUUAGUGCCAGACAGGCCUUGUCGUUAUUUCAGCAUCAUGAUGGUAUCACUGGAACUGCUAAAGAUCAUGUUGUAAUUGAUUAUGGAAAAAGAAUGUUACGAUCAAUCCAUAAUUGCCAACGCGUCAUCCAACUUUGCGCCAACAUCCUUCUAGAAGGAUCUGGAUCUCAAGAGCCUUAUGAACAGGACGUUACUUACUAUAAUUUUGAGGAUGUUUGGCAUUCCCAUAACAGCCUACCAGAGAAGAUGCAAAUAACUAUUGGCCUACCCGAUUUACCUUCCAAGAAGGUUGUAAUCUAUAAUUCGUUGGCAUUUUCAAGGCAUGAGGCUGUUACUUUUAAUGUUAAUACACCGUUUGUUGAGGUUUUUGAUUUUAGCGGCAAGAGAUUACCGUGCCAAGUUUCCCCUAUUUUCGAAUAUGGUUCCUCAAUGUCCCAAACAAAAUAUGAAUUAUCCUUUAUUGCAAAUAUUCCAGCAUUUGGCACGGUUAGUUAUACUAUCAACACUGUUUAUGAAGAAAAUCUCUCAAAGGAAACUACAUUUGCAAAAAUAAAAAUAUACAACCAAUACGGAGAAGUAAACACCCCUAAAGGCUUUACCGUGGAAGUUUCUGAAAGUGCAGGGGAAUUUAGCCUUCAAAAUGCCAGGGUCUCUGCCUCUUUUAAUAAACUGGGUUUGUUAAAAGCAGUUAAGACCGGAACGACUAUUGUUCCGGUUCAUUUGGACUUUGCAAAGUACGGGGUGGCAAACAGACCAUCGGACCGCAGUGGGGCAUAUUUAUUCUUACCGGAUGGCGAUGCGGUUGAGCUUAAAAUUGAAAAUACAAUAGUUAACGUCGUUGAAGGGCCCAUAUUGUCUUCAGUAACUGUACAGUUGCCUUAUGUGCUACACCGAGCUGUACUUUACAAUACGCCAGGUGCCGAUAGUCUGGGUCUUGAAAUCCAAAACACAGUUGAUAUCCAACAUACUCAUAACUCUGAACUAGUCAUGCGUCUCGCUACUAACAUAGAUAGUAAGGAAGAGUUUUUUACGGAUGAUAACGGAUACCAGGUUGUAAGACGUCAAAGAUUCAAAAAACUUCCCCUCCAAGCCAACUACUAUCCAAUGCCAACUAAAGCAUUCAUAGAAGAUAAAUCAACGCGUCUCACAGUUCUUACUAGCACCCCAUUAGGCUGUAGCUCUUUAAGUUCGGGAAAGUUAGAGGUGAUGAUGGACCGGAGACUUAACCAAGAUGACAAUUUGGGAGUGGGGCAGGGAGUGUUAGAUAAUCAUCCUACGAAGCAUAUUUUAAGGAUACUCAUUGAAAAAAGAACCCAACAAAAUUGUCAUGCCACAUCUCACGAUCACCCCGCUGCUUUUCCAACGUUAUCAGCUGGCGUCAGUUCAGAAUCUCUUCUUAACCCGUUGCUUAAGCUUAUUAAGGCUCAGGAUGAGGAGGAAAACAAAUCGGAAGUUUACGCUCCCGAAUUUCAACUGGGAGUUGAUAUUAUUAUGCCGACAUUUAAAACGAAUAUUUUCGUAAAAGGCUCCGAUCAUACAGGGCUAGUUUUGCACAGGCAAUUUUUGGAUACUUGCUUUUCAGAUCAGGUGUUGAUUAAGCAGUUUCCUUUGAGUAACGGAAAGGUGAAUCUGCGGCGAUUAUUCCCACAUAAAAAAUCUAAUACUCUGUACAAAGCUAGUCUGUCGUUCCUGAAAACUGAAAGGCAACUGGAUAUUACAGAUGAUAUUAAUCUGUGUCCGAUGGAAAUGAAAGCGUUCUAUAUAUAAAUCGUUGAAUAGGGUAGUGAGAUUAAUUUAGGAUUUAUAUAAUUAUGCCCAGGCUUUAGAUAAUGGGGUUUGUAGGCACUGACAUAAUAGAAUGGACGGGCCCCCACUUAUUACGCGCCAUGUCAUCGUUUGGCUCCGACAUAUGAGAGAGAGGUCCGAGAAAGAGUAGGAGCUAAUUUGGGCAAAAAAAAGCAGGUUGAGAGAUAAAAGAGACUUUUAUCGUUCAUUCCUUGUUUGUAUCUCGUUAUUUUUCAAGUGGAAAAUUUGUUUUUUAAGAUUUUUGGUUGUUUUUAACGUUUCGUUUAAGCUUAAAGACCUUUCUUAUUUUUGGAAAUUCCUGAGGAUGGAUGUGGCUUGACGAAACGUCCUUCUGGGUUAAAAAUUUUCCGAGCUAAAAAUUUCCCUGCAAAUUUACAUUUGUUUUUAAACCUAUAUUUUUGGUUCACAAAAGUAUUUUUACGUCUAAGCUAUUUUCCUCCCUUGAAUCAUUGGAUACGUAGCUUUUUUUGAGUUAUAGCAUUUAUUGAGUAAUUAUAAUUUUGAAAUUUUUUUUGUGUCGUUAUUAUGGGACCUAGAAAAAAUGCUAUAAGAAUUUUUUGAUGCUAAUGUUACACCCUACCAUGUGGUAAUUUUGUUUUUUGAUUUUCUAAAAAUUUGAAUUUUUCGAAAUUUUUAAGCUCAAAAUUUGGGCUUUUUUCAAGCAAUCGCCUAUAGCUCUAGGAAUUUAUGCCAGUUUGUCUACUUGGGAAUCUUAUAUAAUAAAUAAUAUUCCCAAUAAUAAAAUACACUUUCGAUCUAAAUAAUAGACCCUUGUAUUUUUCUUUUAAUUUUUUUCCGUAUUUUAUUUCUGUUCUUAAAAAUUAUUGCGAAUUAAUUAAAUCUGGCACUUUCUAUCUUCUUAACAAACAAUUUUUUAUUACAUUUUUUAUUAUUAAAUAUUAUUUUAAUAUCACUUCCUAAAUAUCUUUUAUCUUUUAAAUGUCCAUGGGGAGCAAUAAAAAUUAGCUCCAUCCUUCACAUUCAAUGUGAAAGAGUCACAUUUCGAUGGAAACGAUAUAGUCGUGCGACGGCCGAUUCAUUCUAUUAUGUCAGUUUGUAGCUGACUCUCCAAAGGUGCAAAAAAUAUUUCCCUAUGGUCUUUAAGGGAGUCUAUUUGUAUAAAACGUUAUUUAUUUUAUACAGUCUCUAAAUUAUUAGGAAGAUACUAGAUUAGUUGCCAAUAUAAGAGAUUUUUUUCUCUUUGUGAGUGUGAGAAAACAGAUCUGAGAUUAUAAAAAAUAUUUUUUCUGUUAAAUUAAUUUUUAAGUGCUCUUAUAUGUAUGUAGAGGGUGCUUAAGGUAAACUGCGGCUCGAAAAGUAGCCUUUGAACAUUUUACGAAAAGUUAGAUUUUUACACUUAAUCGUUUCAAAUAUUGUGAACGCUUAUUUUUCAAGUAGUCGCAGUUUGUCGUGGGACACCACUAUAUUUUGCAAAAUUUCAUGUUCUCUGUAUUUGUGAUAUUUCUAAAGUUGUUUAUUAUCUAUAUUUUAUUUUUUAAAUUAUGUUCUAUUUAUGUAGUAUUUAUAAUUUUCUCUUAUUACCGUGCAAAAUAUUUAAAUUUAAAUGGGCGCUUUAAGAUUUUUUUUUAAAAAUUUCGGUAAUUAUAUACAUAACUGGCCUCUUAUGAGUUAAAAAGAGGGAUUUUUUUUAAUAGAUGAAAAACAGCAAAAUCGUGUCUUCGGAUCUAUCUACAGCGUUGUAUAUGUAGCCCAAUAUGACACUCACAACUCACUGCGAUACAUCUGAAGACCGUAGUUAACGCUCGACAUCUUGAGCUAAACUAAAUCUAAAAGAUAAUCAUAAGUAUGGAGAAGACAUUUGGUAAACUCAACCCAACAAUAGUCUUCAAAUGGACGUUUGCGAAUUCGAUGUUUUUUGUUGUUUUUUAUAUAACAAACAUGCUUUCCGCGACCUAAUUUUUAUUGGAGACUCUGAAAUGUCUUUACAACGCUUUGCCAGAUUUAACAUAAGUACAUUUAAAUUAUUGUGCAUAUUAGGAAAAUACAUAUAUGACUUGCUAUGUUGCUAUCAAAUUUGGUAAAAAUUCAAUAAUUCAAUAGUUUUAAAAUUCGAAGGCAAUGGAUUUUAUAUUUGAACUGAGUUAACAAAAUGUCUUAUAUAAAAAGAGUAUAUUUGUGAUAUCCCACAAUUUCCUUUCAAAAAAUGAACUAGUUUUUCUAAAUUUGUUUUUAUUCUAAAAAAUUAUAAUCAAAAAGGAUGGUUAUUUUUGCUUCUUUAGUGCCAAAAUACUUCAUUUACUCCACGUAUUUCGUUAACUAUGAUAACAUCUUCAGGAUUUCAACUAUUGCUUCUGCUAUCUGCAGGUCUAUUAAAACUGAGCUAUAUAACAGCAAUCUUUUUAAAAUCCGAAAAAUGGACAAUUUUUAAUUUUAUGCAAAUUUCUUUGGUAGUUCACAGGUCACUUAGUUUCUUUGUAUAUGUAACAUAGCUGUUUUUCAUACCGUUAAAAAGGGUGAUAUUAUUGAUAUUUUCUUGUAAAACUAUCAAAGACAAUUAAAAUUUAGGGGAAAGUGGCCGUAGUCAAUACUGCUGAAAUAUGUACUGGAUAAAUUAAUUCAUUAAAAAAAAAAUAAUAUGGGGUGUCCCAAUUGACCCCGUCUUGGAUCGUAUCGGGACAUGCUAUAUCAAACCAUGCCAUAUGCAUGUCGCCUCGGUAUGGACUUAAUCCGGACAAAAAUAUAAUUUUUUAAUAUAAAAGCCAAAAAAAUAACAGAAAUUUGGAAAAAACCCUUAUUUUAAAGUUCAAACAUAACUUUUUGCAUCUUAUAUCUAAAUAAAAAAAUAUUGCUUUAGAAAAAUCGAUAACAAAAAUAUUUUUUUAUUCCUGUGAAGGAAACUAGAAGAUUCAAUAUAAAUUGAUAAAAGCAAACAUAAAAAAAGACAUUAGACAGCAUAGGAUUUUAAUCUUUUCCACUGUAAGAAAUAGAGAGCAAUUAUUUACCUUUCUGUUUGAUCUAAAAACUUCAUCGAACAAAGUUUCAUCAAAGAGUCCCUUAAAUUGCCCGAUGAAAUACUUGUUCACUUUGUUUGUUUUAAAUUCAACCUCUACAAAGUGGUCAGUGGCAAUAUUUUCCAUAGUAGGCUGCACAUCUUCAAAGCACUCUGCCUGUUCCAUUCCGGUUCUGACUUUCUCUUUCAAUCUGUCGUUGAAACGCUUUUGCCUGGACCCACUUGAAUUUUCUUUUUCCUUGCUACUGUUGGUUUGCACGUAUUCCUGCUUUCGUUAAGCAAUUCUACAACAGACUCCGCCCAGGUAUUAUCAUCGUCCUCUUCGAGAUUUCUUUCUUAUGGCAAUCGUUUUAAAGCACGAGUUCUAUCAAGUCGAAUAAUCCCCGUCCCUCAAAAUCCGUUUUUAAUAUUAGAGUCCCUCUAAUACUCCUUCGGCACAGAACCGUUGUAGUCUUUUUUUCCAAUCUUGCAAAGUUGACCUCCAAACCUUUUUUUACGUCAAGGGGCUGUGUUAAAUGGGUUGAAUUCGGCAGCAAAAAACAAAAUCUAAUCUCAUUUUCUUCACAUUCAAUUCAGACAGGUGACUACAUAAGUCAUCGCCAAUGAUGUCAAACCCUUGGUGUCGAACGCCUUUUCAAGAAAGGUAGAGCAAUACAAAUAAUGGCUGGCCCCCAUUAUUGUCUAAGAUGCUCGCUCCUAUAGACAAUAAUGGGGGGUAAUAGCUGGCAAUCACCACUUGCGGCAAACAUUAGUGAUGUCUAUGUUUUUGUUGCAUCGAUUUUGCGUUCUAGGCGUCUUGGUUUUCGUUUUACGAUGACUUUUUCCAUCCGGAAUUAUCUAUGAAAUAGGUCUCAUCAUAGUUGAUGAUGGAUUCAGGUUCAACGUUUUGUAAGAUUUUUUGGAGGUGCUCAAAAUAUUUAUUAACACUGCUGUCCGAGCCCGUUUAAUAUCUUCACAGUCUUUCAGUGAGUAGUUCUUUAUGACGUAAAAAAAAGACAAUUUCGCCGGGAAUAUUCUUAUUAAAUUUUGCCACUCUUUCAUCAUAUCCCUUUUUCAUCAAGAUAGGACUUAACGAUAUAUCGAAUACCUAUCAAUUUUUUCCAAUGGGUAUCCUCAAUCUCUCGCCAACACUAUCAAAUGCAAUAGCUUACUUUCCUCACCUCAUGACAAAAUAGUUUCCCACCAUGUUUCUUUGACUUCCUUUGAGCAUGUCAUUGUAGCGUCGAUCUUGGUAUAUUAUAUAACUUUGCUUCUCAAAGGGCUAUUUAGCAUCCUAUAAACUGCCUUAAAGUCGUUUCAAGCUUUUGUUUACCAUAAUUUUAAUAAAUCUUAGGCUCUCUUUUGUAUUUUUGGACUAUCGUCCCGAUUAUCCUCUAAAAGUGAUUUGUUUUUUCUUUAAUUAAUAAAGAAACUUUACAAACUAAUUGAAUCAAAAUCUACUUAGCAUCUAGAGAAAACCCACAGUUAUACCGUUGAUUGAAUAUUUGGGAAGAUACGCAACCUUAUGGGCUAAAACGUGACCGCAAAUAUGCGUGAAAAAUAGAUGGCGAUUCUCUCCAGUAUGCGCGAAAAUAAUUUCGUCCGUCGCUUCUCAUUAGUAAUCGGCCGAUCAUCCGAGUCGUGUGGGAGAGUUUUUGCACAGGUUCGUGUUUGCCGUAUUGCAAUUUGGUAGUUGUUAAAAAUUUUUCUUGGAUAUCAUAAUCACAAAUAGAUAUAUAUAUGUAAAUGUGUUUAGUUUGUGAGACGAUGGCUUCUUUAGGCAAAAUUAAUCAGUGUGCGUAUAUUAAUUAAGACUUUGAUUUAUAACAACCUAAUAUGGGAAUCUCAAAAUCUUAUUAGAAAAUCUUUAAAAAAAUCUAAUUAUAAACCUCACAGAAAAUUAUCUAUUUUAUCUACAAAAAUCAAUCCGAACUCUUAAAAAUACUGUCUCUUCAUGUCUAUGAGAGCCAUUUUCUCUUUUUCUUUUUUUUACUUUAAGAAAAUUUUAAAUCAAUAUAUUAUGUUUAUGGUCUUUAGUGUUUUAAGUAUUUUCAAUAAUUGUUUUCAUGAUGAAAUUCAUUCAUGAAAAAGAUAAAAAUAAAGCCUAAAAAGCCUUUAAAGUUAUUGAGAAACUGGUUAUAGUACGAAUGGUAGCUUUCCUAAUUAAAAAAAAAUAACAUAUUAAAUGAAUGUCGAGUAAUGUUUUCAUUCCUGGAGAGAUUAUAUUUGAGCUUGAAGAAGGUCACUUUGCUGCAGCGGUAUUCUGCGACUUCAUUCUUCGAACACUUUGACUGUGUCAACCAUGGAAUAUUGCUCGGUAAGCUUUCUAGAUAUGGGUUUAGGGGAGUUGCUCUAGAAUGGUUAAAAUUUUGUUUUGUUAGACAGAAAAAAGUUUGUUUGGCCAAAUGGCAGUUUGUCUGAACUUUGUGUAGUAAGCAGGGUUCAUUUCUCGGUCCUAUUUUAUUUCUAUUGUAUAUAAAUGACCUGGGGUCUCUCCAGAUAAGAGGAUUCUUCACUAUUUUUGCAGAUGACACCACUAUCUUAUGAACAAUAAUAAAAGCACAUUAACCUAGAACAAUUUCUAAAGAUUUAUUAAUGAUUAAACAGUGGUUUGAUGCUAAUUUGAUGUCUUUAAACAUAGAUAAGACUAAAUUGUUAAGUUUUUAUGCUCAGAGCAGUUCAUGAUUCACAACAAAGAAUUGGAAGUGAAUAAUUUUAACAGAUUUCUUGGAAUUGUUAUCGAUCAUAAACCUAAGUUUUAUGGAGAUAUGUCAGGAGGCAAAAACUGGCUAGACGAUGUUAUGCUGUUAGAAUGGUUUUAAAUGAACUGAGAUUGAUAUUUUUUUUGUCGAAAGUUGGAACUUACUUUCAUACAAAAAUACCUACAGUAUGGAAUAACAUUUUGGAGUUGCAUUAGUAAACGGCUUUUUGACUCGAUGUUUGUUUUUAAAAAACAAGCCAUUAAAUAUAUGUGUCAUAAAUCUCCACGGGACAUGCAGACCCCUAUUUAAAGAUACUUUCCUUGUUACGUUUGACGUUUCCUUGUUUCCUAAGAUACCUACUUGCUUGUUUAUUGUUGAGUCUGCUUGACUAAUAUACAAAAAAUAUAAAUUGUAUCUUCAAAAUAAUGGCUCCUUAAAACAUUAUAAUAUCAGAAAAAAAUACAAUAUUCCAAUGCCCAUCCCGAAAAGUGAACUAAGAAUUCUCUUAUUUACUUGAGCAUAAAAAUUUUUAAUCAUUUUCCAAAUGUCAUAAAAGUCUCCUCGCUUUAAAAAGUCCUUAACGAAACUUCUUAAAAGCAAAUAUUUUUAUAGCAUUAGAAUUUUUUGAAGAUAGUUAGGAAUAGGCCAAUAGUAUAUAAUUAGUUUUUAGUAAAGAUGUAAAGGUUAGAAUUUGUGAUGUUACUCUAAAAAAAUUUUAAGUCGUCUUGCUUUGAAAUUGAAAAUACAUUUUGUGUUUAUACUAGUAUGUUGAACCCACUAUUGUGUAUUGUUUUUAAAUUAUGUGUUAGUAAUAUGUCGAUUAAUGUGCCUAUUUUAUAUCAUAAAAGUACCAUGUCAACAAGUAGGUACCAUGUAUUUAUGAAUAAAGUAUGUUUUGAAUUUUUUGAAAUUCGAAAUUGUAUUUAAAAGAGAGAGAGGUAUAUAAUAUUUAAUAGGGAUGAUUCCAACUACUAGCUAGAAAUUACCUCGUUGAUAAAGUAAUUAAAAGGGUUAUUCAAAACUGCAAGUGGCCAACAUGGCGUCGACAAGAAGAAACAAAGUUGAUUAUGACUCUCUAAAGAAGGAACGUCGUAUUUAAAAGUUAAAGAUGUUAACUUGUAAAUGAGAGAAAGUGUUUACAACAAUGUAUAAAUGAUUUUAUUUUAUAUUUUCAAAUAACGCCAGAAAAAAAUAAAAAAACCAUUUUGCCAAAUUUCACCUUUUUCCUGAAUAUUAGGAAGUAUUUGGCAUUUUUCCAAUUUUUAGAUUGCAUUUAUUCAAUCCUGUAUAAUCGCAGACAUCCUGUAUAAUCGCGAUGAGACCCUUCAUACUGUUAAACAAAAUAUUUCUAGUUUUAACUUUUUCUAGUUUUAAGAAUUAGUAAUUAAGUGUUUGCCUGUAUUGCAAAUUAAAAUGUGGCCUAUUUUCUAUAUUUUAUAGUGUUGUUACACCCUUAUUCAAAACCUUUUAAAUUUUGCGAUUUUAUUUUUAUAUUAAUUUCAGUUAAAGGUAUCUAUUUUUCAAUAUUUUUGUUCAAAAAAAGUGUACUUCACAGAUCUCACUACCCUACACAGUUUUUGAGAUAUUGGCUGGUUUCACAAACCCGUAUUGUCAAAAAUCACAUUACGGGCUACUUUUUGCAAUAAAUUAUUCACUCUAAAAAACUAUAGUAUCGUAUAUAGAUAUUAAAUCUUUAAUUAUUUAAUUUACUCUUUAUAUUUACGUGAAACCUACCUAUAUCAUCACCUUUAUUUAAUAUUUUUGUUAAUUUUCUAAUUAAUAAAUAAAAGCUUAUUGAAUUUUU